AUCCAAACGAGAAGGACUCUCAUUCGGCUCAUCAAUCCAAUACGUCUGCGAACCGGACAGUCUAAACGGCGCCGACGGCAAGUACAUCAUCCACAUGAACCCGAUCGUUCUAUAAUAGUUCUUCGACUCAUCAGUUCCAUCUAUCAUGAGCUUCUGUACAUGCCAUCUGAGGGAUCGGCGGUGUUCGAAAAGCAGAUAGAUGGCCAAUAUGCGUUGAACAAGAACAUGAAGUUGGGUUUCUGUGCCAACUUCUCACCAGCGUGUCUUAGCACCCAAGUGACAACUACUGCCUACUCUACCCAUAUCAUGAUUCAAUGCAAAUCUAAUAGAUAA